AUGAGGGGCCCCCCAGGGGCCUCGUCUUCUUAUUGUGCUUGCACUAAUUUAAUGCUGGCUGCAAGGUUUGGAUCCUCUUCUGAGAAGGCAGCAGGAGCAGCAGGAGCAGCAACUGCAUCAGCAGAAACAACAGCAGCAAGAGCAGCAGCAAAACCAGCAGCAGCAGAUGUAAGAUACCAAGCAGCAGCAGAUGCGCUGCUCUCGGGUCUGGCGGAGCAGCUGCAAGAACGACAGACAGCUCUAUGCAUUGAAGACAUAGAAACCAGCGAGGGAGUAUUGAAGGUGGUGUGUGAGAGCGGGCUGACGCUGGUGCUUAAUAAGCAUUAUGUCACACAGCAAAUUUGCGGGGCGCAGUACUUCGAGUUUGACAGGGGAUGGAGAUGCUCCCGCACAGGGCGGUCCCUCCUUGAUGUACUCACUAAAGACCUAAAAGCUGCAGCAACCAGCAGUAGCAGCAGCAGCAGCAGCGACAGUAACAGCAGCAGCGACAGCAACAGCAGCAACGGCAGCGGGAGCGAGCAGCGGCCCACCUGGUCGCUCACUUGGCCUCAGGGCUCGCUCUGUGAGACCAUUCACGAGACGCAGAAACCCUAA